CGCAGCCAAAGCCGGGCGAGCCUCUCCCUGCGCCCGCCAUGGCCUCGCAGAACGACGACCCCGGCGCCGUCGCCCGCGGCCCCGGCAAGGCGGCAGAACCCGGCGGGGGCGCCGCUCGGGGCUCCGUCCGCAGCAGGCUGCAGCAGGAGCUGAUGACGCUGAUGAUGUCUGGCGACAGCGGCAUCUCGGCCUUCCCGGAGUCGGACAAUCUCUUCAAGUGGAUCGGGACCAUCAACGGCGUGGCUGGGACGGUCUAUGAGGACCUGAGGUACAAGCUGUCCUUGGAGUUCCCCAGCGGGUACCCCUACAACGCCCCCACCGUCAAGUUCCUCACCCCCUGCUACCACCCCAACGUGGACCUUCAGGGGAACAUCUGCCUGGACAUCCUCAAGGACAAGUGGUCAGCUCUCUACGACGUCCGGACCAUUUUGCUCUCCGUCCAGAGUUUACUGGGAGAGCCAAACGUGGAAAGUCCUUUGAACGUAGAGGCUGCUGAGCUUUGGAAGAACCAAGCAGCCUACAGAAAAUACCUCCACGAAUCCUAUCGAAAACACAUGAAGAGUCAGGAUACUUGAUGUCCUUCCAGCCAGCACACCACUUCACUGGGGGGGGGGAGAGGAGGGAGCCCCGUGAUAACGUCUUUUCUCUCUUCUGUUUUAUCCUUGUGAUUUCUGUACGUCAGCCCCUAUUGUAUUAUAGAUCAUUUUAAUGUUUAUCUGGCUUUUUCCGUGGUGCUAAUGUAUAAAUAAACUUCCCUUGUUUUUAUAAA